AGGUAGACCACGAAACUGUUCCUACUCGGACGUGAAAUUUAGUGCACAGCAAAACAUGGCGGCUAACUUGGAGCAAAUUUUCCAAGAUUUUAUAUUGAAUAAAAUAAGAGAAAUUGAAGACCAAAAUGAAGACAAAAAGUACGUUACUGACUAUUUCCUUUUACUCUUAUCAGUCUUAGUUAAUGAAAUAUUGUUAACUAGUGGUAAAAACUGAUAAAAGGUUUCAGUUUUUGAGCUUUAUCGGCCGGUGUGUCCGCCCCGGUUAGCCUUAGCUAGCUUUCGCUCCAUGUCCGAACAGGUCGAUAGUGAAGUGUUCUCAUGUGUCAUAUCAAUCUUUAUACAGGAUGUAGAAAGCUUUACAGUACUGUUUUAGUUAAGGGUAUUUUACUGAGCCAUUAAAAUGGUUCUGUUUUCACUGAACGUGUUGACAGUCAUAGUCAGUUUGCUCAGUGGCGGAGUGAAAACAGAGAAGUAUGAACUGUUUGGACUCAAAGUCCCAGAAAUAAACUCCGUGCUAAAUAUAGAAUAUCAGGGCAGUUGUGCAAAUUGCUGCAAGAAGAACAGGCAGCGUCUACAUAUGAAAAAAACCAUGUCACAUUUAGAUUAAAUCUGUUAAUUUAUGGUUUCCCUUUUGCAUGGUUCGGUUUUAAUCUCAUCUGUGGUUUCAGUGAUGGACAGUGUUCACAUAUACAAUGGUUUUUUGAAGUCAUUUUGAGCCCAUGCAGUGAUUUCCACGCCAGAGUCUUGAAUGUUUUAAUGCAGAGCAUUAAGGGGCCUGAAUUUCAGGACCAGCCAGUCUCAGUUUUGGUCCUUGUCCCUUUAGUACAGAGAUUUCUCCAGAUUCUCUGAAUCUUUUAAUGAUAUUAUGUACUGCAGAUGAUGAAAUCCACUCAUUCUUUCACAUUUUACACUCAGGAACAUUAUCCUGAAACUGUUGAACUAUUAGCUUACACAGUCUCUCACAGAGUGGUGAACCUCUUUCCAUCUUCCUUAUCCUGUUUCCACUUUUCCUCCUCCCUUUUAAUUGCAUUUUUCUUAACUAUUUUAUGUUUUUAUUUUGGUCCUCAUGGUCUCAUUUUAUGUUGCAUGGUUCUUGUAUUAUCUGGGUUCUUUAUGACAUGAAAACGGCCUUCAAUUUCGUUUUUACCGAGCUUUUUUUUUUAAUUUGUCCUCCUCAGCCUCUCUGAACGUCCUUUUUAAACCCAGUCAUGUUACUAACCUGUUGCAUUAUAAUCUCAUUGGUUGGAAGAUGUCCCUCCAGUGUUUUAGUUUUUUUUUUCAUUACAAAACUUUUGACCAGUUUGAUUUUUCCUCUAUAUCAGUGGUUCUCAAGUUCAGUCCUGGAGGCCCACUGUCCUGCAUGUUUUGGAUGUUUCCCUGCUCCACACACACCUGAAUCAAAUGAUCAGCUCGUUAUCAAGCUCUGUAAUGGCUUACUAACGAGCUGAUCAUUUGAAUCAGGUGUGUUGGAGCAGGGCAACAUCCAAAACAUACAGGACAGUGGACCUCGAGGACUGGACUUGAGAACCACUGCUCUAGAACAACACUUUACAUAUUUCCUUUUUUCCCCUAACAACUUAUUUUUAAACGUGUUGCUUAAAUUUAAAAGCUGCAUACAUGUUUAAAAAAACAAACAUAACAUAUUGUGGUGCUACUAUGCCCCCCCAAGAAGAACAAAUAGAUACUCCAACUCAUUUAUCCCCUCAGGCAGCUAAACACUGAGAAGUAGUGGAUUGGUGGCCUGUGUGGGAUUUUGGGGUGCUGAAAUUGGGGUCUCAGGAUUAUUUUAGUUCUUUUUCUACUCUUUUUUUUUUGCAUUAUUUUUUAUUGCAUUUUAGUCAUUCCACUGUGAACGUAUUACACAUGUAAUUAUUUUCUAGUUACUUAUUUAUUGCUGAUUUCUGGUGCUGACAGGGGAAUGUUUGGGUAAUAUGCUGCUGUGAAUGUCUGGUAUUUGUCUGUCCUUGAUCUUUUAACAAAAAGGCAGGUCAAUAUGUUGUGAUUGUCCCACUUUUAAAGAAAUAUACAGGCUUUACAUGAAUAACAAACCAUCAAAAUCUGUUUUUUAUCAAUACUUAAAAAGCAUUCUAGGGCCUAUGGUAUCAAGGAUGGAUCAACAUCUUUGUUUAUCUGCUUCUGUCUUUACAAGUGCUGUCGAAGGAGUGGUCACCAGCAGUGAAACAGCCAGAGCAGAGAAAGCCGCCUCAGAGAGAGACAAAGAAGAAGAAUUAAAGGGCAGCAGUUCACAUAAGAAACACAAGAAGCACAAAAAACACAAAAGUAAGAAGAAGAAAAGAAACCGAGAGAAGGAGAGCAGCUCAGAGUCUGGAGCAGACUUGGAGGAAGGUACCAAAAAAACAAGGUGAAAACAAGUGAAUGCUUACUGCUGUUAUGUAAAAUGGUCUUCUUAAUGACACGUCCUUAUUAAUGAUAACUAAUGGUUGAUGGCUGAAAGGCUGUACAGAUCAAUGUUGUUGUAUGCAUUUUCUACGAAAGGAGAAUUUGUUACUGUUAAACCUGAACCCCCCUUUUUAAAAAUUCGAAGAAACCAACUUUUUGGGGAUUUCUCUGGUAGAUUGCUUGAUGAGUGAGAUGCUUUUUAACACAGAAACAGCUGCUGCAUUGGUCUUUCAAAGUCUACCAGACUCCAGUGGAAAACAACAAAAAAAACAAAACUGUAAUUUUAGGAUUUGCUGAUCAGCCAACCUUGUUACAUUAGUUUUGUGUUUUAAGAGGUUUGAUAUUUCUGUGUGCAACAACAUAACUCCUAAAUAGUGACCAGUCACAGUAGCAACAGACAAUAGACUCCUGUCUUCCGUCGGAAAAAGUCACUUUUUUUUUUCUUAUAAGUGGGACCUGGUAGCUUUAAAAGCAUCGAUGCAACAACUCUCUCUUGUUUCAAAAAAAGCUUCUUACUUUUCAACAAAAAGGUGUGUAUCCUGAAUUCCCCUUUUACAGAAGGUGCAUACAACAGCAUUGCCUUCCUGCCAUAAACCAGCAGAGCACAAAGACACUGCAGCAGGUUGAAUAAAGCAUCACCGAGUCAGACCUCACAUAGAGGUAAGCACAGUUUACACAAACAGCAGGUGCAGAACACACACACACCAACCAAAACUACAGCCUGCACACACACACAUAUAAAACACUUGUACACAAAAUAUCAUGCUAUAGUGUUUUUUGAUACAUUUUUGAUGACGUUAAAGGAGGUCAGUUAUGAUCUAGUGAUUCUUUAACAGCAUGUGGAACCAGAUAGAGAUUGAAAAAAUGUAAAAAUAGUACUAUCAAAUAUUUAAAAAAUGGCUUUAUGACUUUUCCAUUGAAAAUGUGCAUCUUGGUCCUUCACAACAAAACUGUACAAAGUAUGGUGGUUGAAAUUCUUGUUAACAUUACUGUAUUGUGAACUUAACCCAUGUCCACUCUAAAUGUGCCUAACUGAUGAUUUGUGUUUGCCUCAUAGAAGGGGAACUCCAUCAGAUGGGCAUAAGGAGCGAGGUGAGACCACUAUUGUUGUUAUCAACAUUUUAGAUCUUAGUCUGACACCUAACCUGCGGCAGCUUUUACAGUUUUUAAAAACUACCGUAUAAAAGUGUUCACUCAUGAUUCUGAUGGUCUCUUUUGCUUUUGCUUACUAAAAUGCCUUCAAACAAAUUUCAAUCUGAUUCAUGACCAGCCCAAAACUCCUCAUAGUAGCUUUAACAUCACAGCUACAGUAGGUAUAAGAAGUCUUCACACCCCUGUUCAACUGCCAGGUUUUUGUCAUGUAAAAAAAAAUCAAGAUAAAUAUUUUCGCAAUUUCUUCCAUCUUUAAUGUGACCUAUAACCUGUACAACACAAUUGAAAAACAAACGGAAAUCUUUCAGGGAGGUGAAGUAAAAAUAAACAACUGAGAUCAUGUGGUUGCGUAAGUGUGCACACCCUUUAAUAACUGGGGAUGUGGCUGUGUUCAGAUUUAACCAAUAACAUUCAAACUCAGGUUAAAUUGGAGUCAGCACACACCUGUCACCAAUUAAAGAGCCUCUGAUCAACCCCAAAUAAAGUUCAGCUGUUCUAGUCGUCUAAUCAUCAAGUGGAGAAAAUAUUGCACAACAGUGACAUUACCAAGAACAGGACGCCUGUCCAAAAUUUAUGAUAAGACAAGAAGAAAACUGGUCAGGGAGGCUACCAAGAGGCCGACAGCAACACUGAAGGAGCUGCAGGAAUUUCUGGCAAGUACUGGCUGUGUAGUACAUGUGACAACAAUCUCCCACUGUCUUCAUAUGUCUGGGCUAUGGGGUAGGGUGUCAAGACGGAAGCCUUAUCUUACAAAGAAAAACAUCAAAGCCCGGCUUAAUUUUACAAAAAGACAUCUGAAAUCUCCCAAACGCAUGUGGGAAAAUGUGUUAUGGUCUGAUGAAACCAAAGUUGAACUUUUGGGGCAUCAUUGCAAAAGGUAUAUUUGGCGCAAAAUCAACACUGCUCAUCACCAAAAGAACACCAUACCUACAGUGAAGCAUGGUGGGGGCAGCAUCAUGCUUUGGGGCUGUUUUUCUUCAGCUGGAACUGGUGCCUUAGUCAGGGUGGAGGGAAUUAUGAACAGUUCCAAAUACCAGUCAGUGUUGGUACAAAACCUUCGGCCUUCUGCUAGAAAGCUGAAGAUGAAGAGGAACUUCAUCUUUCAGCAUGACAAUGACCCAAAGCACACAUCUAAAUCAACAAAAGAAUGGCUUCACUGGAAUAAGAUUGAGACUUUGGAAUGGCCCAGCCAUAGAAGAUGCCCUCACAAUCUGUCAGAUUUGGAGCGGUUUUGCAAAGAAGAGUGGGCAAAUAUUUCCACAUCAAGAUGUGCUGAUAGACUCCUACCCAAAAAGACUGAGUGCUGUAAUAAAAGCCAAAGGUGCUGCAACAAAGUAUUAGUUUAAGGGUGUGCAUAUUUAUGCAACCAGGUUAUUUUAACUUUUCUACUUUUUAUUUUUCCCCUUAAAGGUUUCAGUUUGUUUUUCAAUUGCAUUGUACAGGUUAUAGGUCACAUUAAAGGUGGAAAAAGUUGUGAAAAUAUUGAUCUUGCUGUCAUUUUCUUACAUCACGAGAACCUGGCAGUUGAACAGGGAUGUGUAGACUUUUUAUAUCCACUGUAGAUGUUUAAGUAUUAACACCUUGUUAUAUGAUCACUUUUAAACUGUGUCUUUAUGUUUUUGAUCAAUUAUUUACUCAUACUUUUGAGAACACCUCAUCAAAUCAGCUACUCAUAGCUCAAUUCACUGAGAUUUGAGCUAUUUUAGAAUUAAAAUGAAUCCUCUCUGCUGAAACAGUGACAGGUUGUGUGUAAUUUGUUUUUAGUGUUUGUCUAAACAUUAUCGUUUCUGUGCAGGCGAGGAGACCGAGAGGAAGUCCAGGAGCCACAAACGACACUCAACAGGAAAGAAGAGGAAGAAGAAGAAGAAGCGCAAAGAUGAAGAGAACUCGUCUGAUUCAGACUCUGAGUCGAAGCAGAAGGAGAGUAAAAGUGGUCAAAAGUUACCGCUGCAUGUGGAGCUGCCAGAUAUCAUCCCAAAACAGGUAAAAACAGAAAAAACACUGAUCAAAACUCUGCAGAGGAUAAUAAAAUCAUGAUAAAUCUGUCUUUGUUGCUGCCCAACAGGACAGCUCCAAUAAAGGACGAGGAGACAAAGACCAGCCAGAAAGGAGGAGUCGUCGCUCUCGUUCACACUCACAUUCCCGUUCUCCUUCACAUUCCCGCUCAGAGAGGAGGAAAUCUUGCUCUCCCUCCAGGAGAUCCCGGUCUCACUCCUCAUCGAGCUCGAAGCGACACAGGACUCAGUCGAGGUAGGAAAGAAAGCUAGCAAAGGGUGUGACACCACCUGGAUAUUGUCUUUAAGUUUUUGAUGAUCCACAAAUUUCUCUCUCUGUAAUCUGCUAAUGGGGCUGAAUCUUGUAGGUCCCCUGAGAAGAAAGAAGCUUUGGAGGACUCCAGACCAUCCACACAGGAUCCUUUAAAAGACCUCCAGCCAGCUUCCAGCUCUCCCCGAGAAAACACCAAACCUGAUGAAGUGAUGAAGUCGAGCACAGAGCUGCAGAGCUCUGAUUUGAGUCAACAACCAGCAGAGAAAAAAGAGGAGACAGCAGAAGAACCAACACCAGAGCAAGGUCAGAAUCAAACUAGUUUACUGACUGAAGCGUGAGGUUAGUAUUACAGGGUUCAAGCAGGUCCUUCAAAAGUUGUCGCCCCCAGCGAGAGCUGAAGGUCACUGCUCAACGAAGCUCGAAUACCACAUCAUCUGCAAAAACCAGCGACACGAUCCUUCAAAAGUCCUAAAUAUGAUUUUUAAAAUGUCUUGUUUUUUCAUUUGGUCUUGAAAGUUUCAGUUUUUUAUUUUCUUACCAUAAAGCUUCAGGUCCUGGUGCACCAGAUUCUGUGUUGCACCAGUACUCGCGUGUCCCUGACCAGACCACUGAGCCCCACCCCCCUCAGGCUAAAGCAACAGAAAGCUCAGCUGCUAAAUCACCAGAGAAGAAGAAGAGGAAACCAUCGAGGUCUCCUCAGAGGAGGAAAGAAUCAAAGUCAUCAAAGAGGCAAAAAAGAUCCAAGUCACCGAGUCGGAGCCGCAGGAGAGGAUCCCGAUCCAGAUCCAGAUCUAGGUCCAGAUCCAGGAGUCCCUCAAAAAAGAAGAGGUCCCGCUCCAGGUAAAGUCACUGAUGGUUUUUCUUACUCUUUCAUGAUCUCGGCUGAUGUCCUUCUCAUUUAUCGCAGCAUGAGGAAAAGCAUUCAUCUUAAAAGCAGCUGUACUGUCCACGGCUUUUAAAGAUGAAUCACUGAAGUUUGACUGUCAGGAAAAUCCACCAAUAGUGGCUCAAGAUUUGCAAAAUAUCAGAUAUUAUAGGAGGAGCAGAAGAAGCAAAAAAAGAAGUUAAAAGUUUGAAGGUCAGGAUCAGUAUAAAGGUUCUGUCACACUUUGAUUCCAUGUCAAGCACAGGAUUGCUUCAUCAGCAACUCGUGUUUGUCUGUGCAGGUCACGGGGUCGGCGGUCACGGAGGUCCCGCUCUCGUUCUGCGAAGAGAACGACGUACAGCCAGAGAGACCGCUGGAAACGAGAGCCGAGCCACUCUCCCGUACUCAUCCUCCGAAAAAACCGAUCCCCCAACCGGAAACACAACAGCUCGAGCGACAGCCCGCAGCGCAUCAGCGAACUGGGUCAGAAAACACGAAACCGCCAACGUCACUGAGCCGUUUGAAUCAAAUCAAAGCUUUCGUUGUGUUGAUAUUUCUACCGUGUGUCUCCUCAGAUAAAGAGCAGCUGUUAGAAAUCGCCAAAGCCAACGCCGCUGCCAUGUGUGCCAAAGCCGGGAUGCCAAUCCCAGCCAGCCUCAGGUCCACCAUGCUUCCUCUCGCUCUGCCCAGUAUGGCGAUGAACGCCGCUAUGGCCAGUAUGACGGCUGGUAGGAUUUAUUUUUUGCCCCUACCUGUUUCUCUCCACCCACUAAAAUUAAGAUCCAAUUAUUUAUAAAGGUCAGCUUAACGAAACAGAUAGCUUAGAAAACGUCUAAAGCGAAGUUUUCAUGCUGUUGUUUUCGAUUUGUCUCUCUGUGUCUCUGUCUUCCUCUCAGCCACCAUGACAGCAGCGUUGUCCAACAUGGGCGCUCUGUCAUCUCUGCUCCCGCUGCCCUCCAUCACCAACAAACCUCCUCCCGCCCCCUCGCAGCCCAACAUGUCCGCUCUGGAGGAGGUUAAACGGAAAGUGGCGAAGCAAGCCAACAGCAUCAGCAUCAAGGAAUACACUGACGUGAGGAUUUUUACAGAACUUUAUCAUCUGACGACUUGUGCUGCUUUAAAGACGGUCAUUUAUGUGCUUGUGUGUGUGCUUGUAGAAAUGUAAGAUGAUCGUGGACAGUAAAGGAGAGCUGCCGGUGGCGUUGCCUCAUGUUUCAGACGAGGAGGAUGAUGGGAAACCUUUCGGUGCGACAGCUUUGCGGGAGCAGAAAGCCAUCAGUUUCAGCAUCAAUGUAACGUCUGCAAACACAAGCAACACAACAUCUUAUUUAUGACAUUGAUUGUUCACAUGCAUUUCAACUUUAUGCCUUUUUAAAUGUAUGAAAAUUUAAGACAAACCUGCAGUAAAUACAAUCACACCUAAACUCUGAAGAAAAACCUCAAAAUAUGUUAGAAAACACCACAUUUUUUACCUUAGGGUCCAAAACAUUUGACUAAAAGCAAAAGUAUUCCCAGUAAGUGGAAAAAAAAUUUAAAUACCUCAAAAGUUUCUCCUGCGGUGCACAAAAAUCACAGUAAAUAAAGAAUAUUUCAUAAAACUCUGAGCUAUGUGAAAUAUUCUAAUAACAGAUGACUCUUUCAUGUUCAGGGUGUCAUGUAAGGUUUUUUGCUGUUGACCUUCAGGGCCGCCAUAUUUUACAGAAAUGCUCAGUUAUUUGGUGUAAAGUUGAGUGACAGCUCUUUUGUAAGUGAAGUUCAAAGUUUGAACUCAUGUUGGAUUAUGAAAAAAAACUUCAUUUCUUCUCUCCAGAACACGACGGUGCGUCCUGCUGUGCGCAGUGAUGCCGGUAUGGCCAAAGAGUUUCCCGUGUCGUCGGGAUCCCAACACCGAAAGAAGGUCAGAAAACGGGUUUGAGAUUUGGAUCCUUUUUUUUCCUAUUAUAUAUUUAACGAUAAGAACCUCAUUUGUGUUGGAUUAAGGUCUAGCUAACAUCAACACAGACUUUCCUUUGCAAAACCUUUAGAGUUUAAGAUGUUAAAGCAGUGGUUCUCAAGUCCAGUCCUCAAGGCCCACUGUCCUGCAUGUUAUGGAUGUUUCCCUGCUCCAACACACCUGAUUCAAAUGAUCAGCUCGUUAGUAAGCCAUUACAGAGCUUGAUAACGAGCUGAUCAUUUGAAUCAGGUGUGUUGGAGCAGGGAAACAUCCAAACUUAUUCUUUCGUUCGAUGUUCAUACAUUGUAUUUUUCAGCAUGUGUAGUAAGAUCCCACAGCACUGCCUUACACAUCAUAUUCUCUAUUUUUGACACAUUAAAUCAAGUAAAAGUAUGUUUUUUUUAGUCCCAGUUGAAGCAAUAAAUUUCCUCCUGUCGUAAAAUAAUGCUUCAGUGCUUCAUGAAUGAUGUAAUGUGCUCUUUUGUCCAGGAGGGGGAUACACUGGGCGCAUAUGGAGAAUGGGUUCCUGUUGAUAAGUCCGCAGAAAAAGGUGCAGCUGCCCCCAGAAAAGCUCCUGUUCCCAUGGCAACCGCCACCUUGUCAACAGGUGAAGCGGCGACGGCGGCGGGGUUACCUGAGGUCGAGGAGCAGCUGCCGUUUGUAGUGGAUAAUGACAGUGUUUUUCCUGACCCGCCACAGCAGGUCAGUAUGAUGUGGAUACACAUCUGAGAGUACAACAGAUCCUGAGCUUUUACAUUUAAGUUGUGUGUGAGAAGUUUGUUUAUUUGUACCUGUGCGUGGAGAUGUGUGUGUGUGUGUGUGUGUGUUUGCAGAUUUAUAUAUAAAUGUGUGAAUUAGGGUCUCUUUUCUUCCUCUCUGUCUCCUCUUGCCCUCACUUUUCGCUCUUCCUCUGUCUUUCUACAGCCGGUGGAUAUUUCUCAGGCUGUAACAGAGAGAAUUAAAGCUCAAAGACGAUUGGCUGAGAACCCUUAUGACGUCAGUGCUAUCUGCAUGCUCAGCCGAGCCCAAGAGCAGGUGAUAACAAUCACGCCGUCAUAAAAUCACACAGUAACUUCAAGUUAUGUUUAAUUUGAGCACUGUGGCACGCUUACAUCUGCUGGAAAUUCAUCUUUUACAACAUGCUGGUGUAAACAGAUAUUUUAGAAUUAUACCUUCCCCUCAAGUGAGUCACUGAGUAAUGUGCUGGGCAUUGUUUUAAGCAAAAUUUAUGGAUGAAUAUAAAGUUAAUCUUAAUCAAAUGAUUUCUAAAUCAUACUGACCGAACACUGAAGUACCUUUUCUACUAUUUUGAAUUUUAUUGCAAAGCAAGCAGCUAAUGGAGCAGGUCUAAAAAUGCACAGUAAAGUUGCCUGACUUACGGCCUCUGUAACGUGGUAAACAGAGACAUAAAAAAGCACAGAUUUCAAACAUAAAAGUAAUUCAAGUUUUUCACAAACUAAGAACAAGAUUUAAAAAGUUGCACAAGUUACAGCCACAAGCCCAAAAUUAUUUAUACCCCUGGCAAAUUUUGACCUAAAGUUACUUUAAUUCAACCAGCAAGUUUUGUAUUAACUGGAAAUGACACAGGCAUCUCCCAGAAGAUAAUAAGAUGAUGUACAGGAGGCAUCAUUGUGGAAAGAAAUAUUUCAAAGCUUUUAUUUACAUUUGAACAAAAAGUGGCAUGUCCAAAAUUAUUCAUACCCUUAACAAACCGUCACAGUCUAUGUGAGAAUCCAAAGUUCUAUACCAGUGGUUCUCAAGUCCAGUCCUCGAGGCCCACUGUCCUGCAUGUGUUGGAUGUUUCCCUGCUCCAACACACCUGAUUCAAAUGAUCAGCUCGUUAUCAAGCUCUGUAAUGGCCAUACCAUUCCAAAUAGUCCAAGCUGUUCUAAAUCAUCCUAAUUACCCUGAUUGAUUGGGAACAGCUGUUUUAAUUUACUCAACAGGUGAAAAACAGCUCUCUGCAUUUGGGUUUUGGACAGUCAUGACUAAGACAAAGGAGCUCACUGAGGACCUGCGGCUGCACAUUGUGGCUGCUCACAAGUCAGGAAAGGGCUAUAAGGCCAUAUCUAAAUGUUUUCAAGUUUCAGUGGCUACAGUGCAAAGUGUUAUUAAAAAAUACAAGACAUUCUGCACUGUGGAAAAGCUCAGAGGACGUGGUCAGAAACCUAAAGUGACACCUGUGCUGGCCAGGAGGAUAGUGAGAGAGGUGAAAAAGAAUCCAAGGAUCACCGCCAAGGCCAUCCUGGUGAAUCUGGAGAAACUUGGCCCUGGGCUUGGGCACCAGUGGACAUUUCAGCACAACAAUGACCCAAAACACACAGCAGCAAAAGUAGUAAAGAAAUGGUUAGCAGACAAAAACAUGAACGUUUUGCAGUGGCCCAGCCAGAGUCCUGACUUGAAUCCAACAGAGAAUCUGUGGAGGGAGCUUAAGAUCAGGGUGAUGGCAAGGAGGCUCUCCGACCUGAAAGAGUUGGAGCUCAUCGCUAAAGAUAAUUGGGCGAAAAAAAACAGUGGAGACAUGCAAAAAGCUGCUCAGCAAUUAUAGGAAGCACUUGACUGCUGUAAUAGCCAAUAAAAGCUUUUCUAUUGAUUAUUGAGAAGGGUAUGAAUAAUUUUGGACAUGCCACUUUUCAUUAAAAUGUAAAUAAAAGCUUUGAAGUAUUUCUUUCCACAAUGAUGCCUCUUGUACAUCAUCUUAUUAUCUUCUGGCAGAUGCCUGUGUCAUUUCCAGUUAAUAAAAAACUUGCUGGUUGAAUUAAAGUAUCUUUAAGACAAAAAUUUGUCAGGGGUGUGAAUAAUUUGGACUCGACUGUAUGUUUCUGUGAUUUUUCUCCUUUGAUUGAUGUUUCUUGACUGUUCCUCAGUAGAUUUGGCUCUGAUAGAUUUGUAUUUUCUUUGAUCCGUCAUCCUGCUCUGAUAGGUGGAUGCUUGGGCCCAGUCUAACACUGUUCCUGGUCUUUUCACCGGAUCAACUGGAGCUCAGGUCCUCAGCUCAGAAGAGCUGUCCACCAGCGGACCACAGGCUUGGCUCAAGAAGGUAACACACAGAAAAACCAACUUUAAGAAAUCCUUUGUACAGAUAUUUAAAAGACAGACUACUUAAGUUAUUGAUUUCCUUCUCUCUUCUUCACCUGUCUCACCAGCUAAAGGUUAAAACCGAUAAUAUAGUCUUUGGGAAACAGAGGGGAAUAUGCUCUGUAAGCAGACACAUAUCUGUACCAGGAUUUCUGACAUAUUGUGUCUGUUUGUUUGUGUCUCUGUCAGGACCAGUUCCUCAGAGCUGCUCCAGUAUCAGGAGGCGUCGGCGAGUUCCUGAUGAGGAAGAUGGGCUGGAAGACUGGAGAGGGUCUCGGACGGAACCGUGAGGGGACUGUGGAGCCAAUCAUCAUCGACUUCAAGGUCGACCGCAAAGGUGUGAAAUCAAAGAGUUCUGAAUCAGCAGUAGAGCGAUCGAGAUGUAGUUCUUUAGUUAUUUUUUGACUGCUGCACAUGUGUGAAUAAUGCCCCCAGCGUUAAACGGCAGUGCUGCAGUACUCAAGUCCAGGACUUUAACAUGAGACCUGAUUUUAAGGACUUGUGACCUGGCUGCUAGAGUUUUGAUACAAGGCCCUUAUAGAUGAUUGACUUUAGAACAGUGGUUCUCAAGUCUGGUCCUCGAGGCCCACUGUCCUGCAUGUUUUGGAUGUUUCCCUGCUGAGUGAAUGACAUUUUUACUCAUUUUUACUUAUGGUCAUGAUAAACCAAACGCAGCACGAGGAAGAUGACAUGAUGGAUUUUAAGGUGAUGGUUUCUGUGUUUCAGGUCUGGUUGCUGAAGGAGAAAAGCCUCAGAAGCAAACAGGAGGACUGGUGGUGACCAAAGAUCUAAUGGGUAACAGAAACAACCACAAACCCUCCUGAUAGUGACCUUAAUAUCGAACACGUAUCACUCACAGCCAAGUUUGCUUUGGAAAAUCAUCGGUUUCAUGCUGUUUGUUUAGUUUAGAUCUCAGGACUCCUUAAUGCUACCUAAUAUGAGCUCUCUCGACAUGGAAACAUAUUAAUAGUUACAUCAGCUGAGCUUAGAGAGUACAGAAAGCAGACAGGGAUCAAUGCAGAGUGGGUCCAGCUUUUAUUAAAACCAAACCUUGUCUAUGCACUCUUGGUUUCUGAAGCAGCCUCUGGUUGUCAUCUUCCUCUCAGGAAAGCACCCAGUGUCUGCUCUGAUCGAGUUGUGUAACAAGAGACGGAUAAUGCAGCCGGACUUUGUCAUGGUUCAUCACAGCGGCCCUGAUCACCGCAAGAAUUUCCUCUUUAAGGUAAUUAAGGCUAUUAAGACGCUAUAAUUCUCCGGAUUAUGACGUCUUCAUUUUAAAGUUUGUCACAUAUUUCUUCGAUCUUGUCCUCUGAGGUUUAAAUUCAGACACUUUGCUUCUCAUUUCUCUCCAGGUGACAGUGAAUGGUGUGGACUACCAGCCUCAGACGGCCAGUCCUAAUAAGAAACAUGCCAAGGCCAUGGCUGCUACAGUGGCCCUGCAGGCUCUGGGAGAGGUAAGGCUAAAACAGAAAAGUCUCAGAGAGUCUUAUUUCUACUCGUUCAAGGUUUCAAAUUCUGAUUCGGCUUUUUAGAAGUUAUAAAGUGCCUUCUUUUUGACAUAUUUCCUGCAUAUUCAGUGAGUGAGUGUAAGUGAGUCCUGCUUAAAAAAAUGAGUCCACUGCUGUCAGGCUGUAUGGCGGGGAUACAGUAGGCCAUAUUUUGCAGACUUUCUGGGACAGUACCACAGUACCACAUGUCGAAGAGUUUUCUUAUUUAUGAAAAAAAAAAAAAAAACAUAAAAAAAAAAAUCGGCCCGACUGAUUUAAUCGGCGAGCCCGUUUGAGACUACUCUCUAAUCGGCCAAAACUCGCCGAUUUUUGCCGGAGAAUAAGAUUCGGUUUCACUUUGAAAAUGUUCCACCAUUUGAAAAGUACCCUGACUUAUCCUGUAGAUGGCGCAGCAACCUCAAUCAAUUAAUCGGUAAUCGGACCCCCCCCCUGAUAAUCGAUUAAUUGGCAUUGGCCCCAAAAAAUCCACAUUGGUCAGGCCCUAAUUUAUGUAAUACACAUGAGUAAAAGGGCAAGAUAACGAAGACAUUAACUAUGACAAACUUUUUAAUAUAUAGUUCAAGGUUUUAUCCAAUUGAUAUCCAUAUUUUAAAAUGAACUUGGAUAAUCAACCACUGACAGAUUAACUGAAGUGUGCCCAGCUCUGCAAACCACCAACAGAAGAGAGAAGAAAAAGAAAAAGGAAGCAUGCAAGGAAGUUUGUCUUUUAGAGGAAACAUGAAGAGAAUGAUUGGUCUGCAGGGCAAACAUUAUCAGCUGGUUUGUGAGAUAUGUAAAAAAGCUUUACCUUGGGAGUUAUAUCUAUUAUUCUUGCCAUACCUGCGUGUUUUGCCUUGCAAACAUUACAUAAGGUUUCCUCUCUUUGGGUCGUGAACAUCUUAAAAGUCUUAUCUUGAAAAUCUUUCUGAUAAUAAAAUAAAAAACCUUGACGAUUACCUAUAAAAAUGCCUUUUUUGUACUUAAAAAAAAAACACAUUUAAUGUCAUAAUCAGUGUAUUUGAAAUCUCAGCGCUGCUAUUUUAUGACGACGUGUCUUUUCCUGUUUUUAGGUUCCUGUUGACGGACCUGGACUUUAUACCGGCCCUGUUUUCACUGCUGCUUCAACCGGACCAUUGUUUUCUACAUAAACUCACCAACAACAUUUGAGUGACUGAUUCUUUUAAGCGCUGCUCUUUGUUUGUAUGUUCUCUGAAGAUUUUGGACUCUGACAGAAAUGAAUCCAGUCACUCAUCACCACUUCAGCAAGCUUGAAGAGUUUACACAGAUCAUCCUUCAGCAGGUUUUAUAUCAGCCUUUCUUUCAGUCAUGACAGGGAGGUGAAUUUGUUUUGCCAGGUUGACAGGAAGUCUCCUCCUUGUAAAAGCUGGUAUGUUUGUAAGUAUGUACGUAUGUAAGAUAUUAUAGCAUUUAUUCUGAUGUGUUAGUUUCUCUGCGAUGGAUGUGUUGAAGAUGUUCAUUUGGUCGAAAACUUUUUUGUUGGUCCUGACGUUACAUUUGUGGCCUCAUUUUAGACAAGUGUUUCUCUCAAAGAGGCUGCUCAACUUUAUGGAACUAACCUACACAUAAGUAAACAGAAAUAAAGAUUAUAUUUAUGUUAUGUAAAAAAA